AUGGACAGGAGGGUUCAGGUCAUACUUGACACACAGGUGUCUUUGGAGUAUUCCUACUCACCUGGCUUAAGGAGACACAAAGCCCAACCGACAGAUGACUAUCACUGCCCCGUGUACGAAGAGGCCUACAGGCGUUCGAUGGAGGACCCUCAGGAAUUCUGGGCUGAAGUAGCUUCUGGUAUCUCAUGGAUGCGCAAAUGGGAUCGAGUCCUUGAUGACGCCAACCCACCUUUCACAAAGUGGUUCCCUGGUGGAAUGCUGAAUGUAUGCUUCAAUGCCUUGGAUCGUCAUGCAGACAGUGAAAUUGGAGACAACCCUGCUCUUAUAUAUGACAGCCCCAUCACAGGACAGGCAGACAAAUUCACCUUUAAGGAGCUUCUCUUCCAAGUAGAGCGUUGUGCAGGGAUGCUGAGUAACCUAGGGGUGUGCAAGGGGGACAGGGUGAUCAUUUACAUGCCUAUGAUCCCUGAGGCCAUGAUCACCAUGCUUGCAUGUGCUCGAAUUGGAGCCAUCCAUUCUCUUGUGUUUGGUGGGUUCUCAUCCCAAGAACUUGCCAAGCGGGUUGAACACAGCAAGGCACGUGUGAUCGUUGCUGCUUCCCAUGGAAUUGAGCCUAACAAGACCAUUUGGUACAAGCAGAUUGUGGAUGAGGCUAUUGAACUUAGUACCCACAAACCAAAGCAUGCUGUGAUAUAUCAGAGGCCAAAAAUGGAAAAGGUGGAGAUGAAAUUGGGCUUUGAUGUUGACUGGGAGAAUGCAAUGGAUUGUGCCACACCUCAUGGUUGUGUCCCUGUUCAUGCAGAAGACCCUCUCUACCUACUUUAUACUUCGGGCACUACAGGAGAGCCUAAGGGAGUGAUAAGGCCAUCAGGUGGCCAUGCAGUGGUGCUUCCUUGGACCAUGAAGUACAUCUAUGGAAUGAACAAAGGAGAUGUUUGGUGGGCAGCAUCUGAUCUCGGCUGGGUGUUGGGACAUUCUUACAUUUGCUAUGGUCCUCUUUUGAAUGGCAGCACGACCAUCUUGUAUGAGGGGAAACCGGUCAGCACUCCUGAUGCUUAUCAGUUUUUCAGGGUAAUCCAUGAAUACAAUGCCAAUGCUCUCUUCACUGCUCCAACUGCUCUGAGAUCUAUCAAGAGAGAAGACCCUCAUGGGGAACAUGGGACCAAGAAGUAUCCUCUUCAAUCAUUCAGGUACUUGUUUGUGGCUGGAGAACACUGUGACUACGAGACAAGGGAAUGGGCUGAGAAAGCAUUCAAGGUCCCAGUGCUGGACAACUGGUGGCAGACGGAGACAGGGCAUGCAAUAACAGCAACCAGUGUAGGACUGGGCUGUAGCACCAGCCCUCCAAGGGAUGUAUCUGGAAUGCCUGUCCCAGGCUAUGAUGUUCGUGUGCUUCGUCCUGAUCGUUCUGAGGCUGAACCUGGGGAGCUGGGCCGCAUUGUGUGCAAAAUGCCCCUUCCUCCAGGAAACUUCACCAAUCUGUACAGUGCUGGCGAGAGAUUCGUCAAAACAUAUUUCUCUGAGUAUCCUGGCUAUUAUGACACUCAUGAUGCUGGCUUUAAAGAUCAGCAUGGCUACAUCUGUGUGAUGUCAAGGGAUGAUGAUGUCAUCAAUGUAGCUGGCCAUCGAUUAUCCACUUCCCAGCUUGAGGAAGCCAUUUUGGAGCAUCCAGAUGUGUCAGAUUGUGCUGUGGUUGGAGUACCUGAUCCCAUGAAGGGGGAGGUCCCUCUUGGUCUCUACAUCACUGCUAAAGGUGAGAAGUUGUACUCAGCUUUUAGUGUGGUUCUGUUGCCAGGAUCCAUUGAGGAUCCAUCUGUGUUCAUGGGUAUCAAAGUUGCUCUUCAGGCAGUUGGUUUUGCUUUGGAGGCCCCUGACCCACAGUAGCCUUGCCAACACUCUUUAGGAUUUUGUGUUCAGAAACUUGACCAACCAUUUUGUAUGACAUAUCUUCUAUUUUGUAGUUAUUUUUUCACCAUGUUCACAGGCAUCAUUUUAUCAUUUAAUUGGGUUUUGUAUAGUUCUCCAUUUUCUUCAGAGUUCUCUCAUUUGGCACGUUUUCUACAUUUCAGACUUGAAAGUCUAAGAAGUUGAAGGAAAAUUUUCAUCUUUGAUGCAGACAAAGUCUUGUGUUUCAUGUACUGAAUAGCUGGAUCUUAAAAACUUACAUAAAGUAAAACCCUUGCAGCUAAGUGCCAGGGGACUAUGGAAAUUAUUUUACCUGAGGGAUUUCAUUAUGACCAAUAUUCCCUUGUUUUUAGUCAUUGCUUUUGAUUGUAGCUACUUUGUGAAUGUGGACAGAAGACACGUUGAGUUUUGCUUUAAUAUGCUGCCCUACUUUCAGAUCUCAAAAUGAUGUGAGAAGAUAAGGAACGAAUUCAGUUCCACUCAUGAUGAAAAAGCAUAAGCACUCACACAUCUUGAUAUGCAUGCAUUCACAUCAAAAACUGAAUACUUUUUCAAAUGGACAUGCUGUCCAAUGAUUUUGAUCUCAAAAAAGUUUUGUUUUUCAUCCAACAUUGAUCAAAAUUUUAGUGAAUGGCCUCUUUUUUUUAUCAUAUUCCAAAUGUAUCACCUAUUUUGUUUUUGUGGACCAUCUUUCAAUAACAAGCCACCA